AUGCUGGCAUGGCAGCACGGCGGGGCCAAGGCGGCUCCCGCUCACCACAAGAUCUCCUUCUCUGUCCUGGACAUCCUGGACCCGCAGAAAUUCACCCGCGCCACGCUCCCAGUCGCGCGCCCUGCCCUCCCGGAAGCCAAGAAAAGUUUGGCAGAGGCCGAAGAGGGGAAGGACGCCAGCCUGGGGGACCUGGCCGGGCAUCGCGAGAGCCCUGGGCGCGCGCGCACCGCCUUCACCUACGAGCAGCUCGUGGCGCUGGAGAACAAGUUCAAGGCCACGCGGUACCUGUCGGUGUGCGAGCGCCUGAACCUCGCGCUGUCGCUCAGCCUCACCGAGACGCAGGUCAAGAUUUGGUUCCAGAACCGCAGGACCAAGUGGAAGAAGCAGAACCCCGGCGCCGACGGCGCGGCGCAGGCGGGGGGCGGCGCGGCGCAGCCGGGAGCAUCGGGGGCGGCGCCGGGCAGUGGCGGUGGCGCAGGGGGCAGCCCGGGCCCUGCGGGCCCCAGCGCUCUGCCCUUCCAGACUUUCCCGUCCUACUCGGCCGCCAACGUCCUCUUCCCCGCCGCCGCCUCCUUCCCGCUGACGGCCGCAGCCGCCGCCGGGGGUCCCUUUGCGCCCUUCCUCGGGCCCCCCUACCUGACUCCUUUCUAUGCCCCGCACCUAUGA